AUGAAUACAUCUACAGGUUACAGAGUAGCACAAGCAAGUUUGAUCAAAAUACCCCACAGUAUUUCCUAUUUUGCUCACUUACAUAAGAACCAUUAUGAUGCAAACGACCUGUUCCUUGGUAUUACUAACUAUGUUUUUGAGAAGUUCCAGCAGAAGGCUCUGAAACAAACUAAGCAGAAGAAAUCCAAGUCGGCUGAAUUUCUGAUGGGAGAAGACGAGAUAGUUGCAACAGAAGGCAUUGCAAAUCCAGCUUUUAACAUCAGCAGUGCAGGUCUUUCAGCAUAUCAGACUUCAGAGGAGGAUGUUAUUAGACGUGACAAGCUGGGUAGCACCCUUGCAGCUCACCAACAAAAACUCAGGCUGCAAGCCCGAGCUAAGCCAAGAGGAAAUGAAUGCUGCAGAAAUUACUUUGACCCUCUGAUGGAUGAGGAAAUAAACCCAAGGCAGUGUGGGAUGGAGGUCAGCAAAGAAGUACCCAUGAAAUUGGAUGAAGCUGAACUCCUCUAUGACAAACUGAUGACAUUCCUGGAUAAUGAGAACAGAAUAUUCAUGUCCCCUGAAACACAUGUCAAAGAGAAAUGUGAUACAGAUCCUCGAGAUUCUUCAUGGCCAGUCAGUUGUAAAAUGACUUCUGAUCUUUGUGAAGAAGUGGAAGAAGCAACAGCCCUCCCUUACAUUGAGCAGUUUGAAAAGGAUGUUCAAGAUGAAAUUGUUCUCCUGGGCAACUCUGCAUUGCAACAGCUGGUUGCUGUGCAGAGAAGCUUUUCUGAGGAAAUGGGGACUGUAAAGAAGGAGGAGGAAUUGAUCCCUUCCCUGCCAUCAUCUUUUUCUUGUUUCAGCAGAGCUGUAUUAAGUGAUACUUUGGAUGUAAUCACCUGCUUUUUCCUGAGAGUCAGUUCUGUAUUUGUUAAAGUGUUGCAGGAUGUCUGGACGCAACAGAAGAGAGAGCUGAGUUUCAGGCAUUAUUGA